GAGCGGAGAAAGUCCCAUUUCGGAGUCUUCAGGGGGCGAAGAAGAGAGAGAGAAGGAUGGGGGGCUCCGGCGCUGCGCCUUUGGCCUUUGGGGGGCUCCUGCUGGGGAUGGGGGUGCUGGUGGUCUCCGCUUCGGAGGGGCUGCGCGUGGAGGAGCCUCCAGAGCAUUUCCUGUACCAGAAGAAGGGCGAGUGCCACUUCUCCAACGGGACGCAGCGGAUCCACUACCUACAAAGGCACUUCUUCGACCGGCAGGAGCUCUACUAUUUCGACAGCGACCGAGGGAAGGUCGUGGCGGUGGCUGAACUGGGGAAGUCCGACGUCGAGAGAUGGAACAAGGACAAGGACCUCCUGCGGGGCUUGAUGUCCAGCGUGGAUGCCUUUUGCCGGCACAACUACGAGAUCCAAGCGCCCAUCUUCAAACCGCGGCGCGUCCAGCCCAAGGUGAAGAUCACCCCCACAAACAACGAGGAAUCUUCACCCCACAACACUAUGCUGAUUUGCAAAGUGAACCGCUUCUUUCCUGCGGAGAUCGAGAUCAAGUGGUUCAGGAACGGGAAGGAAGAGCCCAAAGUGUGGACCACGGAACUCAUCCGGAACGGGGACUGGACCUUCCAGAUUGAGGUGAUGCUGGAGACAACGCCGGAACGUGGAGACGUCUACACCUGCCAGGUGGAGCACGCCAGCUUCGAAGGCCCCGUCACGGUGCAAUGGGAGCCACAGUCGGACUCUGCCAGGAGCAAGAUGUGGACGGGGAUUGUGGGGAUUGUGCUGGGGCUGGUCUUUGGGGCCACUGGACUCGCCCUUUACCUGAAGAACAAGAAAGGGAGAGCUGUUCCUCAGCCUGCAGGACUCAUCAGUUAGACUUUGCUGCUCCCUCGGGAUCCCAGGAUGUGGAGAAUUCCUUCCUGCAAGUUGCCCUCUGCCCUCGCUCAGUGGAUGGGAGCUUUUCAUUGGUUGCUUUUCAUUGCUGCUUUUCCUGGGUGCCCCUUGAGGUUUCCAUUGCUCUUUCAUUUGGCAGAUUGGCAGUUAUCCUAGCUUGACCUCGCUUUAUUUGCAUGUCUCUAUUGGAGACUCUGGGCUCUGAAUCUCCCCGAGAAGCCUGAGCUUGACCCUUAAAGCAACGAUGAAUCCAGUCAGACUGUCAGGACUGAAUGUUAGUUCUUAAACCCCUGAUAUAGGGAGCCUCAUAAAAUCUGACUCACUUUUUUGGGGGUAUAUUUUUUAAUUAAAUUUUCUUUUUUACAUUUUAGAAUAUUCCUUUAAACAACCUUAAAAUAUAAAUGACUUCCCUUCUUCUCUUUCCAUGGUUCAUUUUUGCAUACCAUAAAUCCCUGCAAGUGUACACAAUUUCCCCCCAUAUAUUCAAUAAACAUUUUCCAAUCUUCU